AUGUUCGCUCUCUGGUAUUUAUACUACGGCUACAAGGAGCUGAGGGUAGUCGCUGAACAGAGGGGUGGAAAUGUGCCUGGUUCGAGUGCACCGACUCCAGUUCUAUUCCAAAAAGAGCCGCCAAUGCCCGCCCCACCGGCACAGCCGGUUAUCAGACCUCCACCGCCAGACGUGAAGCCUGCACCUCCACCUCCAGAUGUAAAGCCUGCACCUCCACCCGUGGUGAAGCCUGCACCCCCACCCGAACCUAAACGACAGUUCACCCCUGGACCGCCCCCACAAGCACCGACGCCAUCACCCCCUGCACAGCCGCCCCCACAACCCAAGCCGCAGCCCGCCAAGCCCAUCGACAUUCAACGACCCAGGAUCCCCCAACAGUCCCCGGAAGACCGCCUUAUGAGACCCGAUAACCGCCCCGACCCCCCGUCCUGGAACCCGGUCCCCACCAAUCCUGAAGACCAGCUGAUGAACCCUGAGGUGUACCAGAGGAGGACGUGCGGUGUGCCAGACAAUAGUGAGAUUGUUGGCACGCCUGAGACCACCCCCUACACGGUACUCGGGCAGUGUACGCUUACAGUACACCGAGUACUGCUGCACUGA